AUGUCGUCCGACUCUGCCGCAUCCACACCUCCUACCCUCGAUGACCUCGACGGCAUCGCAAGGAUUUACCCCCACGGCCCCAAUCAGUUCCAUAUUGUUCGUCCCCAGAUCGAACAGCGUGCAUCUCUGGUCAAGAUAUGGGGCAUCAAGCCGGGGGAGAAGGUGCUGGAGAUCGGAUGCGGACAGGGCGAUUGCACCGUCGUGCUCGCGACCGCGGUGGGAGAUGAAGGAUCUGUGACCGCGAUCGACCCCGCAAGCCUCGACUAUGGCUCACCAUACACCCUCGGACAAGCCCAGGCCCAUCUCAAAGCCUCGCCCGUCGGGAACCGCAUCACCUUCGUCCAGUCUGAGCCCGUCACCUUCCUGCAGAGUACCUCGGAGCGCUACACAACUGCCGUCCUCGCCCAGUGUAGCUGGUACUUUUCCUCGCCACGGGUCUGGUCCGACAUCCUCGCUGUGCUACUCGCACGGGUCGACCGCGUAUGCAUAUCCGAAUACUCGCUCACAGCGUCCGACCCGCGCGCGGCCGCACACGUCCUCGCGACCUUCGCGCAGGCUGCGCUCGAGGUCCACAAGAACGAAUCCAGCAGCAACUGCCGGACGGUGUUCUCGCCCGAGCGGUUGAAGGAUGCGGCGAUUGUUGCGGGCUUGAAAUUGCAGCAGGAGACGCUCAUUGUUCCACCGGAGGGGAUGCUUGAUGGAAGGUGGGAGGUCGGUUGGGUGCUCUCCAAGGACUUCGAGAAGGAGAUCGGCGAGCACGUCAAGGAUGAGAGGGAGAAGGCUGUCGUAAUCGCUGCCAGAGAUUCGGUGCGGGCGGCGUCAGAAUUGUUGAAGGCGAAAGACGAGAAAGUCCACACGAUGGAUGUCUGGGUCGCGACAUUCACGAAAAACCAGCUUUUUCCACAUUGAAAUGCCGUGUUCUUGAAUGAAAAUAUGUGUAAUCAGGCCGGAGACCAUGGACGGUGAGUUGACAAGGUUUAUGGUACAGGUGCUAAGCGGCGCUAAGCACGGACCUCAACGGAGCGCCGAGGCUGGUAUCCUCGAGGGCGGCAUCGCUUGACUCUGCCAUAACGCUACCAGCAAUUCGUAUCUACUUUCCUGAAAUUUCCGCUCAACUCUGGACAGCCACGAAAACCACAACCUGUGCUCGCUUGCCUCCAUUUCGAUGUCUACAACCU